GGUCAGCAGUCUCGGGAGUUUAAAAGCCGCGGCCGCGCCGGCCCUUCUCCCUUUGCGUCGUGCCCAAGUCCCGCAGCUUUUCGCCGUCUUUUCUUCCCAGUUCCACUGUUUUGGUGACAUCCGACCACUAUGGCGAGCGAGACCCCCGCGCCCAUCUUCGGUAAAGGCGAGGACUGCAAGCCGGACUGGACCGACGCGAACGCCCAGUACAACGAAACGGACACCCACCUGCAGAUCCUGGGCAAGCCAGUAAUGGAGCGCUGGGAGACUCCGUACAUGCACCAGCUGGCGACGGCGGCGGCGUCUAAAGGUGGCAGAGUCCUGGAGGUGGGCUUUGGAAUGGCAAUCGCUGCCACCAAGUUGGAGUCAUUCCCCAUCGAGGAGCACUGGAUCAUCGAGUGCAAUGAUGGCGUCUUCCAGAGACUACAGCAGUGGGCCCAGAAACAGCCACACAAGGUCGUCCCACUUAAAGGAUUGUGGGAAGAGGUGGCACCCACGCUGCCCGAUGGCCACUUUGAUGGUAUCCUUUAUGACACGUACCCACUGUCUGAAGAGACCUGGCACACGCAUCAGUUUAAUUUCAUCAAGAAUCACGCUUUCCGGCUUUUAAAGCCCAGUGGGGUCUUGACCUACUGUAACCUGACCUCGUGGGGGGAGCUUUUGAAGACCAAGUACAAUGACAUUGACAUCAUGUUCCAGGAAACCCAAGUGCCCCACCUAGAGGAUGCCGGUUUCAAAAAGGAGAACAUCAGCACCAGCCUGCUUGACAUCAUCCCUCCUGAAGACUGCAAAUACUACUCCUUCCACAAGAUGAUCACGCCAACCAUCAUCAAGCAGUGAAGUGGCGGUGCCUGCAGGAACGACCCCGGGGACAAGUGGUGCCACAUGGUGGCAGAGUGCUGCUUCUAUUAUGACCAAGAUGAAGACUCAAGUCCUCUUCUCCUGGUUUGUUCUUACUUGGACGUGGGGGGUGGGGGUACAGAACGCUAAGCACGUGUCUUCACAACUUCCUUCUCGUGACUCAUUUUUAAUUUUCUUUUUGUAAAAUAUGCAAUAAAUAUGCUGAGCCUA